ACUAAGUAGUUCAUAUACAUAGUACACAUAUAAGAGCAGUGAACCCGUAUUAGACGUAGACGUAUCUUUGCCUUUGGCUAGUCUGUGGUCAAGAGUAAGCCCAUUUAUAAUAAAAAAAAAAGUAGUAUUAUCUCACUGACCUGAAUUGAACGGAGGAAGAAAUACUAAAGUAGAAUCAUAGGCUCAAAAAAUACCACGGAUUAUUUCCAAAAUAAAAAAUAAGAGAAAUGCUGAUAAAAUUAUCUGUGGUCACAUAUUUGUUCGUGUUUUCGCUUGCUUCUGUAGUGGCAGUGGCAUACAAUAGGUCGGAUGAAGGAUACACGUUGGGAUUAUUUUCUGAUUGUCCAGAAGCCACAAAACCAUCUAAAAUCAAGCCAGAAAGUCUAAAAAAGCUGUACCUAGUUCUUGUCGGUAAUGGCAACGUGAUAAGCGGCAACUGGACUAUGUACCACUAUUAUAGAGUAAAAGACAUAGCCAGUCACCCAGACUUUGAUGUUACCAAGAAAACCUUCUUGUAUAUUGGAGGAUAUUGGGACUCCACCACGUGGGGACUUGGACUGACCUUGGGGAAUAUCUAUAAGCAGUUGGGGUACAAUGUGCUUCUUAUGGACACGGUUUAUUUUACGACUACGUAUUUUAUUGACUCUGCCCGCUUGAUGCGCGAAGUAGGCAAGCACGGAGCAGAAAUGCUUGCAACUCUAACCACGCUUGGACUCGACCCUACUACCCUGGAGAUAGCCGGCCUCAGCCUAGGAGCGCAGACCAUGAGCUUCGUAGCCAAAAACUAUCGGAGAAUUACCGGGUACAAUGUAUCCAUGCUUAUCGGCAUGGACACCGGUGGUCCCUGCUUCAGACAUCUAGGACCCGACCAAAGAUUGGAUCCGUCAGACGCCGAUUUUGUUCUAGCUAUCAUUACUAAUAGCGAAGGUUUCGGAAUAGGCACCCCUGUUGGACACGCAUCGUUCUACGUGAACGGAGGGGAGUGGCAACCUGGGGAGAUAUCCUGGUUGCCAUGCGAUGUCAUGUGCAGUCAUCUAAGAGCAUAUUUCCUUUGGAUAGCAGCUUUGAAUAAUCCUGGUAAACUAUUAGCUGUGCAGUGCGAUACUGUGGCACGAGCAAAAGACGGCGAUUGUUUUCACAAAAAACCAUUAGUAACAAAUACGAUGGAUUUAACUAUUGAUAAAAGUAAACCAGGCCUCUAUUACUUGCCAACAUCCAAUAGGUAUCCGUUUGGUCUCGGGAUGAAUGGGUUAAAGAAAGGCAAAACCAUCUCAUAUUUUUGGAAUUACUAAACGUCGAUUUUUUUUCUCAGUGAGGUUCAACUGCGAUCUCAUAGGUACUAUUAUAUAACUGUCACAUUUUUAUGUACAAACGCAUUUUGCGGAAUAUACCAUUUCUAAAAACUGUUUCAAUUUUAUUAAAACCAUUAAGA